GGCCAUGUUGCUUCUGGACCCAUGGACGGUCCUACCUCGUUUUUCGAUGGUGAGAGAUGUGUCUGUCCAUGUCCACGAAGGGGAUUACUCUCUCUGCGGUUCAGUAGGGCCUCGUGAAAGCUUGCAAUGGCCCGUAACUCUCCUCGUCCAGUCCUCACGGCGAAUCGGGCACUGGCACGACUCAUUCAUCCACCUCGCUGCACUGGGCAUAAUCGGAGACUGUGCGCGCGUCGAGGACGACCUCUGGGCGCAGGUUUUCAGUCGGAAUCCACCGUUGGAGACGCUUAGCGUGAGCAUGGAUGGGACUGAGGCGGUGGUCGGGCCUCAUGGAUGCACCUCCCGCGGCUGGCUCAAUCGUUCCAUAUCCUCACCUCAAAUCGGUCGAAGUGAUUGGACCAUUCUACGGGGAAACGCUCGACGUGAUCCUUCUGUGCCUCCGGGUCCGUGCUACGAACGGCUGCCGGUUGGCUACCAUCAGUCUGGACAUAUGGGGCGAACGCCCGGAGUAUGCGCUCAUGGACUGGAAAUACGUGCCCCAGUUCGAAGAAUUGGUGGGAAGGAUCAACACAUCGGACCCUCCUUGACGACUACAGCAUUACACCAGUCGGCACUGACCUUAAUGUGUCGACCGCAGGCCACCCGCUCCGGAGAACGCAAGAGGUUAAUAAUGCUACUGCGUCAGAGGGCGAGAGACACAUAGAUUACAGUUUUCUAACCGUCUUGCCGCCACCGCUGAGAGUUGCUAUAAUCGUCGGCAAUGUGGUACGACGUCAACACUGGCAAACAGGAGGCGUCGUCGGCGAACUUCGCGCGUUCGGUAGUCGGGCCCCAUC